AACUACCAAGCGUCGACACCUGUCUUCCUCCUCCCCUCCAACCAGCAGCUCAAAGCCAACAAAGCUCACAUGGAGCUCCACUUCCAGCCGCAGCCACCAGUGUUCCAGCUCGAGGGCUACACCAGCAGCAGCAGCUACUACUACUACUACCAGCAGGAGGCCGCGGCGCAGGCCAAGCCGUCCAAGCCACGGUGCCGGAAGAAGGGCAGCAACAACCACAGCAAGUUCGUCGGCGUCCGGCAGCGCCCGUCGGGCCGGUGGGUGGCGGAGAUCAAGGAUACCACGCAGAAGAUCCGCAUGUGGCUCGGCACCUUCGAGACCGCCGAGGCCGCGGCCAAGGCCUACGACGAGGCCGCCCGCCUCCUACGCGGCAGUGACGCCCGCACCAACUUCGCACCGCGCAUCUCUCCCGACUGCCCGCUCGCCGUCCGCAUCCGCGGGCUCCUCCACCACAAGAAGAUCAAGAAGGCCAAGGCCUCCGCGGCGGCCGCCGCCGCCAAGCAGCAGGCGUCGAGCCCUCCUGCCCCCAGUCCCACCACAAGCAAUAGCAAUAGUCAUAGUCAUAGCACGAAUAGUGCUUGUGGUGGUGGCUCCAGCAGCAGCAGCAGCUCCAGCUCCAGCAGCGUGGUCAGCUGCGACGAUGCCAUGGCCAUUCAGCGCGGCGGCAUCGGUGUACUGGGCGCCAGCGAGGUGUACCGGCCGGAGUUCGCCACCGCGGGCGCCGAGGAGUUUGAUUCUUGGAUGUUCGACUCGGCGUUCGCCCAGUUCCCGGCGCUGGACAGCUUCGUGGCCGUCGACAGCGUUGUCCCAGUUGCUGGUGCCACUGAGGAACCGAUCGUCGCCGCGACGCGGGGCGCCGAGAUGGCUGAGUUCGAGCGGAUCAAGGUGGAGCGGCGCAUCUCGGCGUCGCUGUACGCCAUGAACGGCCUGCAAGAGUACUUCGACCGGGUGCUCGACGCCUCCGCCUGCGACUCGCUCUGGGAUUUGUCUCCGCUUUGUCACUAGAUUAGCUUCACCUGUUGUCCUGUUCUUUGCUCUGAUCUUCCGACUCCUGGGUGGUGGCCUUGGCCAUUGUCGGUGAAAGUAACAAGUGUCAGGUGUAUCCGUGUAUGUGCUUCUGCAGUACAAAGGGGCCGAACGUUAGAUGAUCAUCAUUGUUGUAGUUGUAGUCAGUCUAUGCAUUUUUGUGCAAGAAUGCCUCAAAUCUUGCCUUAUGGCAAAGCAAAUCGUUGCACAUUUCGAUG